CGAAGGUCCUACAAUUCAAAGAAGAAAAAAGCGUAAGAAGAGCAGCAUGAUGGGAUAUGAGAGUCCUCCGGCGGCGCGCUGCCGCCAUGUCACCGAGAGAGAAACAUAUAGCUAUUAUCUCUGCUUUAUGCGUAGUUAGUGUUGCAUUUUAUUAUAUUUCCAAUUUUCUUUGGGCGACUUUAAUUCUUGCAGUGUGUUGUAUUGUGUGUUACUAUCACAGCGGAGAACCGCUUCCCGCCAGGUUAGGCCUCAAUCCGCGGGCUGGGCUGAGCGUUCCAGCCGUGCUUCGGCGCUGGUUUUGGGGUGGGGAGGGGACCGGCGUGUCGGUUGCCGCACGGGGGCCAACGAAGAGCGGCAGAAACAAAACCGAGCUCCGAGAAUCAGAGGGACACUUCCGAGAAAGGCUCGUUGAAACUGGGAUUUAUCGGAGGGAAACCUUGAACACUGACUCGUUUCUGUUCAGCCCCCGGGAUUUCCUCAUGGGGAGUUACAUCGUGAAACACGAAAGUCCAACCGCCGACUCCGGGAGGCCGAGAGCGGGGAGAAAUCCCCGAGAGCAGCUGCGGGAGAAACUGUCCAGACCCAACCAUGCUGUCUACACGCCGAACAGGAGGCUGUCAUUUGUGGGGGAGCCAAUGAACACAGUGGGCAGAUUCACCAUCACCCCCCAGCGUCACUACCCCCUGCAGCAGCCGGGGGUCUCACAAGUGGGAGUCCUACCGCCUGUCAAGUGGGAUGGCUUCAGGAAGAAAAACAUCCUCAGCCCUCGUAACUCUUCAGCGGUCCUCAGCCCCGUCACUGUCAAGAUCGCCCGGCCGGACCACCACAGCUCCCCCAGUUUGGACCAUCUGAGUUGCACGGGGCUCCCCAGGGCGCCUGUGGACCCCUGCUCCAGAGAAAGUGUCCUCAAGGUGUUGAGGGAAAGCCGCAAGAGAGAAGUGGAAGAUGAGGACAGAAGCUUCACAACGGAGCAGAAAAGCAAAAGAAGGCGUAACGACAGCAGUGGAAGUGCACACUCUGCGUUUGAGCCUCUCCUGCCCAAUGGGACACCAUCACAACAGCCAGGAAACCUGAAAAGAGGGAUGACCUCACUGGCGGAGGAUGCCAUCAUGAAGAGAUCUCGCACCUCCUCCAUCAGCUCUGGCAGUGGGGUCCAUGCCCCGAGAGGAACCCCAGGCUCCAUGAGAAACCCUAUCCAGAGCUCCUACAGCUCUUCACUAGGCCUCAGCCAGUGGAAGAAGAGGUCAGCACCCAGCUCGCCUCUGUCCAGCCCCGGAUCAUCUCGCUCUCAGACUCCAGAGGCCGCCGCCAAGAGAGCCAAGGAGGACGACGGGCAAUCUCCCAGCUCAGCAUCCUCAGUGAGGUCAGACCGGAUAGCCGCCGACAAGGCGCCUGUUACAUCCAAAUUGACUCCAGUCCCGAAGGUCCCGGUCACUCCCUCAGCAGACUCUGCUGGUAGCGGUGGGAAGAGAAAACGGAAGAUCCAGCUGGUGUCGAUCCACCGGGACGAUCACAUCUCUCUGCCCCCACCUCCAGAGCUGGGUUACACCAUCACUGCGAAAGACCUCGAUGAAGAGAAAAAGGCUGCCCUCAGCAAGAUCCAGAAGGUCCUGGAGACGCCUGCUCCAGAGCCAGAGAAGUCUGUCGCUCCCCCAGCCACCAUUUCCACCCAGCCUGCCUCCUCUGCCAGCUCUACUGCCAUCACCCUGAGCAGCCUUCUGGCAGCUCCUCUGUCAGUCUCCAGCUCUGCCAUCCCCGUCAUCAACCUGGAUCCCAGCAUCAGUGUGAGCACAGCACCUGCAUCCCCCAACCCACUGCUGGAGGCUCUGAGGAUGAAGAUCAGCGUUCCUGCGAGCUCCACAUCUGCUGUCAACACAACUACAGUGUCAUCCACACCGGUGCAACCCAGUGGCUUAACCCUGAAGGUUUCGACUCCAGUGGUUACCCCACAGCUCCCUCCUGCCUCACAGGCUCAGUCCUCUGCUGGUUUGGAGCAGCCUUCUGCCUUUACUCAGGUGCUGAGUCAGGUCUCCAAGCCCUCCAUCGGCACUGUGCCUGCAGCAGGAACAGGCCUGUUUGGACUGAUGAGCCAGAUCAGCACCCCCGCUGCUUCUUCAGCCUCUAACCCAGUCACUGCUCCAGCUCCCGCCAUCAGCUCAGCAUCUGUCAGUAACACCAACCCUCUGCUGGCUUCAGGGUUCAAGCCCAUUUUUUCUGUCACCACCACCACCUCAGCUACUUCAGUCCCGGAGAGCAAACCUCCUGUCCAAAGUUUCAAGCCUAUCUUUGGAGCUGCCACUGCAGGCGCUGGCUUCGGACAGCCUCCACCCUACACAACAACCAACCCAGCUUCUACUGCUUCUUCAAGUAUCACAUCCUCAAUGUUUGGUGGAUCAACAAGCAGCACCACAGUUACCCCAUCUCUUUUUACUGGCAUGACCAACACCCCCACUGGUACAGCUUCCAUCGGCUCCAUCACCACCACACAGCCUGCAGCCCAGCCAGCUGUGAAAUCCCUCUUUGGAAACUGGUCAGCACCUUCCACAACAAGCACCAGCUCAGCCUCAGUGCAGGCCCCUAACACAGGGAGCACAUUUAAGUUUGGAACUGCAACCACCACGACUGCAGCUGCAGCUGCCCCCGCUGCUGCUGCUGCUACCACAACCUCCAGCAGUGGCAACUUCACAUUUGGUGCCACACAGCCAGACCCUCAAGCAGCCAAUCAGAAGAUAUUCGCCUUUAGUCAGGCAGCACCCAGCCAGAACACAGCCACGGCUUCAUUUGGAGGCUUUUCCAUGCCCAACACAGCCUCCACCACUGCUGCUGCCGCUCCCACUCAAUCCACUUUCAGCUUCGGAAAGUCUUCGUUUCAAACACCGGCAACGCAGUCAACCUUUGGGUCCUCAAUGGCACCGGCAGCACAGACAACCUUUGGGUCCUCAGUGGCACCGGCAGCGCAGACAACCUUUGGGUCCUCAGUGGCACCAGCAGCGCAGACAACCUUUGGGUCCUCAAUGACACCGGCAGCGCAGACGACGUUUGGGUCCUCAAUGACACCGGCAGCGCAGACGACGUUUGGGUCCUCAGUGGCACCGGCAGCGCAGACAACCUUUGGGUCCUCAAUGGCACCGGCAGCGCAGACAACCUUUGGGUCCUCAAUGGCACCGGCAGCGCAGACAACCUUUGGGUCCUCAAUGGCACCGGCAGCGCAGACAACCUUUGGGUCCUCAGUGGCACCGACGACGCAGACAUUUGGCUCCUCAACGACGCAGACGUUUGGCUCCUCAGCGGCACCGGCGACGCAGACGUUUGGUUCCUCGACAACGCAGACGUUUGGCUCCUCAGUGGCACCGACGACGCAAACGUUUGGCUCCUCAGCGGCACCGGCAGCACAGUCAACGUUCGGCUCCUCAGCGGCAGCAGCAAACACAUUCAACUUUGGAGGUGGCGGAGGAGCAUCAUCCACAUCGGCAUCUAACACCGCCCCUCCCCCUUUCCCCUUUGGGUCAACUGCCGUCACCACAGCAACCAGUUUUGGGACCCCUGCUAAACCAGCAUUUGGAGCAAGCUCCACUGGUUUUGCCUUUGGGGGCACCACCGCUCCCUCAGCUGCACCCUCAGCUGCUCCGAGCUUUGGUGCAGCAGCCCAGACUCAGAGUUCCUCCUCAUCCACCUUCACGUUUGGCAGUGCUGCUGCUCAGCAGGUUCCCUCCGGACCUGCUCAGCCAGCAUCCAGUGGAUUUAACUUUGGUUCUGGUAUGCCAUGCCCCCAGUUUGGAACACCGGCCCCCAAUAAUCCUGCACCACAGAUGGGAAGCUUCAACUUUGGGGCUGCUGCUACUGACAAACCAGCUUUUGGUACGUCUACACCAUCCUUCGGACAGAGUGCUGCCGCCGCAGGUCCAAUUCCCUUUGGAAGUCCUGGAACUCCAGUCCAAGGCUUCAACGCUGUUCCCUUUGGGUCUCCAGCGACUCCCUCCUUCUCUAUUGGAGCCGGAUCAAAGCCAUCUGGAGCUCGCCAGAGGCUGCAGGCGCGGAGGCAACACAACAGGAAGAAGUAACCUGCGUCCGUCCGUCCCCCCAAACCUGGCUGCCACCAUGCCCUCUGCUUCUUUCCCCUCCUCCCGUGGGUUGUGCUGGCCCGAAACAUUGUGUGAGGAGUAACAAAGAGCACACCAGCUUGCUUGCUUGCUUGCUGCCUGGCCCAGUGAGGGAACAUAGCAGUGACGAGACAGGAUCCAUAACAACGUACUUUACUUGAAGAGAGGGAGAAGACGAUUGAAUAGUUUGAUUCUGACGAAAGCAUAUCCAAAGUCCUUUUUUCCUUUACAGUAUGUGGACACUCCCAUUGGUUCGUCUUAAGGAGAAAGUUGAGUCCGGCAAAGACAUGUAGCCUCGGCUCAAACAUUUAUUUUUUUACGUGAAGCGCUCACUGGUUUGUAUGUUAGAGUAUUUGAGUACAUUAUCUGAAUGAGUCUGAAAUAGGGUGAAAUGCACAGUUGUUUCAGUUAAGGUACACAACACUGCAGUGUAAAUGUAAAGUUGUGAGAUGUUUGCAUUUUAAAUUAUUUUUUUAAUUGGCUCUCUGAUCCUGUAAAUGAAUGAUGUGUUUCUGCACUUAAAGGGAGGAUUAGUAAAUGUCUUAAUGUAGUUAGUGCAGACUCUUGUGUUCUUGUUUCAUACUCUGUCAUUGCAAGCAUUCCUAGUCCUCCCAUGGGCGGCCUUGUUUUUCUUUUUCUUUUAUAGAUUGCCAACAUUGAUGUUAUUAGCAGGUCAGUAUAUGAUUAGGAUGACAAGUCUUAACUUGUGCUGACAAAACCAAAGCCAACUCAUCAACUUCAUGCCUGUGAAAAGAAUCUGUGAUCUUUAUCUCCUUAAAUCCUGAGAUGUUUGUUUGUGCCAGACUACCUCUCUACUCCAGACGCUAAAUCCCUGUUACUUCACUGAAAAAUAAAUCUGACGGGAUCGACUAGAUCGAUUUAGAUUUGACCUUUAACUACUGUUAAUACAGAUGUACCUUUUUUAAUAAAUACUGUAAGUGUUUAAGCAUCUGCACACCAACUCAUCUGGAAUAUACCUGCUUUGUUACAUUACACCGCAUUAACAUAACAUUUACUAAAAAUCCCUUUAUCUGCUUGGUAGUUACAGAAAUUCUCUUUGUGAUGCAGGAUUUUUGUUCAAGAAUUUUGUCAAACAAACAUGAGUGAACCCAUUAAUGUCUGCUUGGUCAAUGUUAUUUUAUCAAAAGGAUUUCUGUUCUCGGUAAUAAUCACCUUGUGAAAAGUGAGAAGUAUCUGAUGCAUUUUUUUGAUGGUUAAGUUUGAACUAAUAAAAACUGAAUUUUUGGACUUGGAUGUUCCAACAAGAACACA